AUAGAACCCUUCCAGGGAGUCGACGUGUUCCCUCCAUCGUUCACAAGCCUCUCAGAGAGGGACAGAGAAGCCGAAAGGGGCAGAAGCUGAAGCCCAGUGUCCGCCAUGGCUGCCUUGAGAAGAAGCCUUCUUCGUCUUCACCAGACGCUGAACUUCUCCGUCAGAUUGGCCGAGCCUUCUCUCUCCUCGUCCGGAAGGCUUCCUGUUUCUCUCCGCAGGGUGGCUUUCUCGGCCGAAUCUGGGCAUACCGAUCAUGAUGUCUCCGCCGAUGAACAACGACGACGCCUACACAAUCGAUUGCUAUAUCGAAGCAAGCAGCGAGGGUUUCUUGAACUCGACUUGGUAUUGGGGAAAUGGGUAGAGGAGAACAUCAAGUCUAUGGAUGAUUUACAAAUUAAGGCUCUCGUCGAUGUCCUUGAUCUGGAAAAUCCGGACUUGUGGAAAUGGCUAACUGACCAGGAGAAGCCGCCAGAGGCCAUAAAAGCUAACCCAGUCUUUACUGCUCUUCAAAGCAAGGUUUUGAACAAUUUGAAUGCUCAUUCUUCACCAAAUACUCGUGCAACACCUGGACAGCCAUGGGUUAGGGGGUGGGAUGACAACCGAGGUCGAGAAGGCCCCCAUUAUGGUAAUCAAUGAAAUUGACAAGCUGUGUAUGCAUUACAUAUCUUGUGAUUGUAAUGUAUUUCUUCUUAGCUAGGCAAGGAAUACGUGGGUAAAGACUUGUAUGAUUAAGAAAUAUAGAGAACUUGCACACGCAAUGUUAUACAAAUAAUCGGCCUGCGCAGCUGCAUGUCAAUGUGAAGUUUCAGAACUUUAACAGUUCCUCUUUUUUAUUUGCAUUGGGUACUUGCCAACGGUGAAGGACGUAAUGUCCACCAUGAAUUGUAUGCUUCUAAUUUCAUGUAUAAGGCCUUCAAGUUGAAUGAGGUUUAUAUCUCACA